UCAGUUUCAGAACAGUUUCAAAAUGACAGGCACGACCGUCGACGGUAUCGCGCGAAUUUUGGGAUGGACCGGUCUCCUCCGUUUCCUCCGUUCAUAAACAUUUCUUCGACGGAGGACGAACGGAAUACGUCUCCGCAGUUUCCGUCGCGGCACUUCGGAAUUGGCAAGGUGUAAGGUGUGUGAGGCAAAUUAACAUCCCCUUCUUUUCUGCCCUCGCAAUUGGCGUGCGGCGUCGGCGUCCACCUAGAGACGUCAGCCUGAUCUACAAGGCGCAUGCGGCGGAAUUUUUCGGCCGGCAGGAGUGCUUUUGCAUAGAAGACCGCGCUGCGAGUUUACCAAACGGUGUUUAGCCAUCGCAUGAAGCGCAUAUUUUCCGACCAGUACCAGUCACGCUCCCUACUCGGUUGCGGGGCCCCUCGACGAGAAGUUUCAGAUCGAUCGCCGAAGCUUCGCAUGGUGCGCUUUUCGCAAAAUCUCGCGAAUUGGCGAAUUGGCGAGAUUUAAUUACGAACGGUAAGUCGUAUGGUAUUUGAUAAUUUGGCCGAGAUUCAAGUCGGUCCAGCUGGCGAUAGUCUAGUCUCCUUUAACUACGUCGCAUCCACGAACGCCUGGUCUGGCGACUGACGAUUUUGCAAGGUGCAUCGUAACGCGAAUAAGCGCAUGAAGCCGUAGCCGAGUACAUAGAGGGGGCCCAAGAAAUUUCCGGAGCAAGAAGCUUCUCCUUCGUUAACUCGAUUUCGAGGCCUCAAGCAUGUUCAGCCUCCGGAAGAGAGGCGGCUUGAGCAUCAGCCAGAUACCGACGUCGAUCGGCGAUCUGUCGCGGUUGCCGAGGUCGCCCCACUGGGAUAUGAUCACCGUGCAUCCGAACAGCUCGGAGAUGGAAAUGGCGGAGCAGCUGGAGCCCAUGGACAGCUCCAUGUCGUCCUGCUUCCUCUUGGACUUCUUCAACGUGUACUACAUACCGCUCAUCAUUCUGCUGGGCUUGGUGGGCAACCUGCUAUCGUGCGUGGUCUUCCUCAAGACGCAGCUGAGGACACGCAGCUCCAGCUAUUACUUGGCGGCGUUGUCGAUCGCCGAUUCCGGCUUCCUGGUGACGCUAUUCCUGGUGUGGCUCAACAACACGGUCGACUGGCAGGUGUACAACAAGGAAGGCUGGUGCGAGACUCUGGUCUACGUGAGCGCGGUCUGCAGCUCGCUCAGCAUCUGGCUGAUCGUCGCCUUCACCGUAGAGAGGUACAUCGCCUUCCGGUAUCCGCUGCACCGGCCGUACAUAUGCACCGUCGAGCGGGCGAAGUCGAUCACCCUGGUGCUGGUGCUGGUCGCCAUGCUCCUCCACAUGUACGCUUUCUUCUUCGCCGGGGUGGUGAAGAACGCAGACGGCGAGGAGUUCUGCGAACUGAAAAUUGAACAUCUCGAGGCCAUGCGGAUCAUCAGCAUCGUCGACAGCAUCAUCAGCCUGAUCGCGCCGAUCGUGGGUAUCAUCGUGAUGAACACCAUGAUCGUGAAGAACCUGUUGUUAUUUCGCAGGUUGCUAGCGCGAAACCGCGCCGCCCGACCCGCCAACACCGAGAGCGAGCAGAACGACGUCAACGAUCACAUUUACGUCAAUGACAUUCCAACCGUUCACGCCAGCAUCAACAGACGCCGCGACAUCAAUCCGGUUUCAUUCACUGAUGAGGAUAGGAACGACAGAGUUUUCAAACCGAUAGAAAUCGAGCGUCCGCCGAAGUAUGUAUCAACACCUAUUCGACCAAUUCGUUUGUCGCUCCCGCAAUCGAUUCCUUCAUCCACCAGACGAUACGGCUGCGUAUGGCCUGGACCGGAGUAUCUUGUUGAAGAGAAGGAGGACGAGAAUGUUUUCGAGUCGAUAGAAAUCGGGAGUCCGUUGAGGACCCCGAUAUCUUCCUCCCUCCCGAUUCGUUCAUCGCUACCGUCAUCGAUUCCUCCAUCGACGAAACGAUACGACUGUGUGUGGCUCGGCUCGUGGUGCACUCUUCAAGAGGAGAACGAGAGAUACUUCGAAUCGAUCGAAAUCGGCAGUACGAGGUACGUGUCAGCUCCCACACCCCCGCCAAGUCAGCCACCGUCACCGAAGAUAAAUCACAUAUACGCCAAUCAAUGGGACAAAGUUUGGAUCGGAUCAGCGCGUACUGUUGAAAAAGAAGAGGACGAGAAUGUUUUCGAAUUUAUAGAAUUCCCGUCGAUGCCGGAACGCCAGUCGGAAGGCCAGCCGGAACGACAACAUCCUAUCCGUGAGCUGCCACCUUCUCUACCCCAACGUGCAAAUCACCAUCGAACUUCCAAUAUUACGGAAUCGCAUCAUUUUACGAGCCACCAGAAUACCACCAAAGUGCUUUUACUGAUCAGCACUGUAUUUAUAGUGCUGAAUCUGCCCAGCUACAUCAUCCGUUUAUGCGUGUUCUUCCUUACUCUGGUAGAGAAAGAGGCGCCGGACUUGCUAUGGUGCCUGCAGCAAUUAUUCAUGCUGCCUUAUUACACCAAUUUCAGCAUCAAUUUCCUUUUGUACGCGAUGUACGGCGUCGCCUUUCGCAGCUGCUUGCGAACGAUACUACGAAAGGCGACGAAAUGCAUGAGAAAACACCACAAAGACCGAAACAGGUUUUCGUAAUCGACAUUUUACUUUUCUCCCAAUAAAUCCAUCAGUAAUCACCAAUGUGCUCGCAUUGCGCUUCGUGCUCUUUAUUUAGAAGAAACAAAGAAGAGACGAAACAAGGCCCGUCUACAUACUUUCAUGCGCGUGUGUAACCUGCAUAAAAGAUUGUUUAUUAACUAUAACUAUAUCGUAUUAUUUAUAUUACUCUAUUAUAUUAAUUAAUGUGAUAAAACACUAUAUCAUAACUAUAUGAUAAUUGUAAUUGUAUAACUGUAUAUCAUAUGAAUUGUAACUGUAUCUUAUUAUCCAUGUGAUCUGUGUCACGCUUGGUUCAUUUGG